AUGGAAUGGUCAAAGAACCGCUCGAGUGAAUUGGUCUCGGUUCGCCGCCGCUUAGACACGGGUGCUGACAGCGAUUGCGAGCGGGCGGACAUCAGCUGGGGUGUUGGGACACUUCUUGAACUCGGCAAGGUGCUUAAGAAGGUUGUUGUCGCGAUUUUGAAUCUUCUUUCUGCAGUGUUUACAUUUGUAAUAGUUCCUGUUGGACUUGUUUGGGACAGCUUCGCGCUUCUCAAAGUUAUCCUGACAGAUAGAGGCGAGUUGGCGACCAGGUGCUGGCAUGAGAGGCAAGGGUGUGUCGAGACUGAAGCAGUAGAAGGAAGCAUCAUAUCAUUAACGGGCCCAUGGGUUGCUAUAGGCGUCGCGACUCGCAGUCACGGGAAAAUAGACCCAUUAUAUUCAAUAAGCGCUCUAUAUACUGCCAAAUUCUGCCCGGUGCCCUCGGCGGCAGGAUGGCAACUGCCGGUGGCAGACGGCGAAAUGGCAGAACGGCAGAGUUCUGCCGCGAACACUAAGGAGCGGGGCGUAACCAGGGCGUCCGCCGCCGAGGCACGUCGCGGCGGCGUCGAGAGCGGCCGGGAGCCAGGAUGGGGAAGGGACAAAGGAAACGGGCAGAGACGCGUGCGGAGAACGCGGUGCGGAGGAAAACAAGCGUGGGCGCCGGCGGCCGCUCGUAGAACGGCGGGGUGCGGGCUCGGAAGGUCGGCCACAGGCCCGGCGCCAGUACUGCAGGCCUGCAGACCUGCUCGGCGGUGUGCUGAGACGCUGAUUAUGAAGAUGUGUAUCGUUCGUGGCCGAAAGGCGGCGGAGGUGUUUCAUGAACAACAAGCACGAGGCGGACGGAUGACGCCAUGCAGGUGGCCCCGCCCAAUCCGGCAGGCCGGCCACGGCGCUUGCCCGCGCGGAAUUGGCAGGGGCGAUACUCGACGUCUUCUCAGUUCUGCGUCCUCCGGCGUUCGGCACCGCUGUUCCUUUCCCCUCCGCCCACACAGUCGCCCGCCCGCGCCUUCUGCCUUGCGAUCGCCCUGGAGGCCUCGCUUAGGUGGUGAGUCGUCAUCAUUCCCGCCUCCGCAGCCCCACGCACAGAGCCGGGCCAUUGUUCAUUUCUCCGCUGCCCCGCCCCCCGCGCGCCCCGUUGCCAGAGCAGCCCGCGCUGUCGCUGAUAGAGUGAGGCCCGAGCGCGCAGACGGCGAGCCGAGCACGUCAUUCAUCUCCGCUCGCCCUCCGCCCCUUGACGUCCUCACCGGCACCGGCACGCGCGCCCGGUGUUCCCCCGCUGCUGCCACCCGCUUAGCCGCGCGCAGCCCACCGCCGUCCCAAUCUCCCAGCCUCCCCGCCGUCAUCGUCGGCUAUGUCGGAGGCUCGCUUCCGUCCGCCCACCCCCCCCUCCGCCCCCGGCGCCCCGGAACGUCCACCCGCCCUCCGGCACCGCCCCCGCGCGUCUCUGCGCGCGACUCCCACGCACCCCGCGCGCGCGUCGCUGGUGACGCAAACGUUCUGAGAGGCGCCUCGCACGUCGUGCAUCAUGCAUCAUGCAUCGUGCCCCAUCGCGCGCGCAAGCCGGCUGACGGCGUCAGGUGGCCCCCGCGCGGGCCCUGCGGGCACUCUCCGCUCGGCCGCGGAACAGGUCCCGGGGCGGCGCUGGCCGGAGCGCCCUCCCUCGUGAAGCAGGGAAGCGGAUUCGAUCGCGGCGUCGUGCGUGUCGCGGUCCACCACACGGUGUGCGCGGUGGGUGUGUGGGAUCGAGUGGGAUCGAGCGCGGUCGCUGUGUGCCCGCGCGCGCUGGGGGGAGGAGGGCGCACUGCGUGCUGGCAGGAGACGCACGCGCGCUCGAGUCGCCGGGGCGAUCAACGUCAACCCGGCGUGUCCACAACUCGCCGCAGGUCGCCGGACGCCACGACGGAGUCUCAGAGUGCGCGCGCCCUUCGACGGAGAAGGUUGCAAUUUAGCGUGAACGUUCCGGCGAGCGCGCCCGGCGACCCGACGACGCGCGCGGGUUAUCGACGGGAUAAGACGGUCCCGUCGCCGUCCCGGGACUUAUCGCUGUCCGCGACUUAUCCGGAAAACUCGAGGCGGGGUCGCGCGCGUGGUGCGCCACGUACAGACUUCCAGCCAGUCAGCCGCACAACCGCACGUGCCAAGGGCCAGUCUCAGGUCCGGGCUCAUUCAACCACACCGCACGAGCGUUUUGCCGUCGUGUGGCCGCGUCGAGUCGUAUGGAGGGCUCAGGCUCCGUUUACAGGCGCCGACACUGCACCGAGUCGUGCGAGCUCGCUCGGACUCGGACUAGUACGCCCACUUUCAUCGCACCUGGCCAGCAACCCCACGCGCUCUUCCCCCGCGGUCACGGUGAGCGUGAGGAGAAGCCGCGAGGCGCGGGUUACGUACUCGCUUCUAGCCUCCCUUCGUCCGACGCCGCCCCCGCAGCGUCGUACGAGGAGAGGCUCGGAGAAGCCUGCAGGCAAGGCAAACCCCGACCGGCGGCGGCGGGCAGGCGCGACCGGCGGCACCCUCGUUCUCUCGCAAGAACUUGCACGCACGCCGCGCCCGGACUCGAGCUUGAGUGAGCCCGCUUCUGCGCAGGCCGUCCGUGCUCACGGACCAGGGCUGGUGCCAUACAAACUAGCAGGGUUCGUACGAGGCGUCGGCCCCCGGCAGCAGAGCGAGCGCACGGCCCGGCCGGAUGCGUGCACCCAUAGCGGUCUGGGCUCGUCCGCGCGCGGAUUCGACCGCGGACGUGUCGGACGUCGACUCGCUCGAGGACGCGCUGGGACUAGGCUCCCUGCGGGAGAACCGGCGGGAGAAGCGACGAGAAGCGCGAAACGCGGGCCUUCGCCCAGGGGGGGCAGUCAAACUGACAAGGCGCGGAAGGCGCGGGCGCACGAGGGGCCCGUGCCCGGGGGCUGCUCGCCCUCCGUGGCCCCGUGUCUGCUCUUUCUUUCUUGCGCUGUCUCGGAAAGAAGGGCUGCCCGCUCGCAGAAUUCGCGCGGCAUCCCCCGGCGUGCAGGGUCGGCCAUGGGGCACGGUCGCGGUGACGGCCUGCAGUGCUGCGUGGGCUGUACCAACGAACCGUUCGCGAUGCGUUCCGUCGUGGUGGACAAACGCCGCCGCCGCCGCCGCCGUCACACACAGCGCACGAGCGCAGACCCGCACUAUGUACGCCCUCAAGGCCUCACCGUUCGCCGCUGGCUGCGAUGCCCGCCACGCUCGGUCACCGCCGAGCCAACUCAAACUGCGUCCAUCCAGCGUCCGUCUAUUCCUGAACGGGGGACCUCCCUCCGACCCUUUCCAUUCACCGCUCCGCCCCGAGAUAACCUCGAACGGGAUAUGACAAGCCUAUUUGCGUUCCAACGCUACGGCCCGGCCCCGGCCACGUGCGCGCGAAUAUUCUGUGCAGCCCGUCGUCGGUGCCCUGCAUUCUCCGCCGUCCGUUCUGCGCACCUCGCGCCUACGAUCGCCCGGUGGUUAUUUGCCCAUCUGCGGCCUCGCCUAUGCCCCCUUCUUCUUCUUCCUCCUCCUCCGCCUCCUCCUCCUUCCCCCACUCGUGAGGCAGAGAGGGGCCCGUCACCCGCGCUCGCGCGAUGUCGCGGGCCUGCUGAAGGUCGUGGGGCGUGGAGGCUACGGGGGCACUUCAGCCCGCAGCUCCGGCGUGAGCAGGCGCCCCUGUCGUGCCCCGGGGUGUUUGCAACGUCGAGCGAACGUCCCGCGGGGCUUGGCGACGCGGUACGGGCCCGUGGUGCUGGCCAUCGUCGGGGGUCGUUGAAGCCCAUGACGGACGUCGCGCACUCCAACGCCACCAGCGCACGCACGCACGCCGCCCAGGCAAGCGGCUCGAGGGUCGACGUCGGGCCCAGACGGGCCUGCGCCCCGCCCCCGCACAGGCAGAUGCAUCCGCGGCGGCGGCGAAACGCCCCGAUGGCGACUGAUGACGAUGACAUACGCGGCCAGGCAACACCCCUCCGCUCGCGCUCGUCGGGCGUGCCACCGGGUCGGCAGACGAAGGACGAGUGCAGGACGAACGGCUUCGCGUGGGAGGGCCGUCGUGCGCGAACAGAACGCGGGUCGGCGUUCUCGAUCGCGGUCGGCAUUCACGGCGCGAAGCACGCGAAGGAGAAGGACGAGUUCGAACGCGAGGGCGCGUGGGGGGGAGGGGGCAUCGACGGACGCUCCCACGGAUCGCGCGGCGCGCGGCGCGCGUCGGGAUCAGCUGGAGGGUCGAGGGCCUUUGCGCACGAGCGCAGAAACGACCGACUCCAGGGCGCCGCGGUGCUGGCCAGAGCCCUUUUGCUGAAUCAGGCAGCGAUAGCGGCCACCCCGCGGAGUGGCUCCCGUCGCGAACGCGCGCAUCGUGCGCGCGCGCCGUUCUCGAAUGCGCGGGUGUUGGGCGGAUGGCAGUCGGGAUGCGUGGAUCGUGCGCGAGCGCGCGGACUCUUCGAUGCUCGGCCGUUGGACGACCGGACGGUGCGAUGGGCUCCGCUGCGCCCGCAGCGUCGAGGACCAUCAGGUGCGGUGUCGCGUAACCACGCAAGCCAGGGUACACACCCACAUCAUUUUGGCAGGCCGCCCCGCCCCGCCGCCGCCGCCGCCGCCGCCGAGCACCGCACGCGCGGGAGCGGACCCACCCCGAAUCGCGGGAGGGCACGCGUCGCGCGCGGAUAUGGCUCGCACCGGCGGAGCGGCAGGAGGCGCAUUGACUGCCCCGCAUUGAAAGAGAAGAGGGGGGGGGGGCGUCAGAAGGACGAGAAGGAGGGCAUGCUCGUGGGAGGCCACGGUGAUCCACCCCGCAGGCCCGGGUGCCCUGUUGCGCGACGGUCGAGUGGUGGAAGGAUGGAGCACGCCGUGCGCGCGCGCGGGACAGCCUAUCGCCGGGUGGAGACGACCUGCUUCCGCUCGCGGCAGUCGUACUCCAUAGAUCCAACUUGUGCAGUGACACCGGGGGCAUGGGCCAUUAAAUCGCUAAAUGCCAUCCCAGUUACAAUCGGUCCACUACUACGAUUUGACUCCGCUGCAGCCCGCAGUUACACGGGCCUCGGGCUCGACCUGCGGGCCUGCCUCGAGAUCGAUUCGAUGCGUCGACGGUCGCCGCUUCUCCGUCCCCGCCACGCCAACUCGGACCUGCAGGGGCCGUCGAAGACGGAACGAGGGCCCUGCACAUCGAUCCGUCCACGCCUGCGCCACCCCCUCGCCGCCUCGGGAAGUGCGCUCACCACAAGGAUCGAACGUUCGCGGGUCGGUACACACGAGGCCGGUCCCAGUCGCGCGCGCGCCCAGCGCCCUGACCUGGAUCCCCACCGCGUCUCCCGGGCCAGGGUCCCACCCCGCGCGCGAGCAGGGCGCAGGCGCGGGCGUGGGACGCGCGGCGCACCCUGCUGCUUCUGCCGCCCCGAGGCCCCAGCUGCGGAGAUACGAGGGCGCGAAAGCGAACGGGGUGCGGGGAGGGGUGCGCACGGGCGCCAGCGAGACUGGCCAGGGCCACAGCGUGCACGCCGGCGGCCCGGACCCUGCCUGCAGCUGUGCUCCGCCUUCGCAGGCUUCUCUUCCGCGGUCAUCAUGAUCAGGACUUGCGAGCGCGCGCCUGCGUUCGCGUCCGGGCUGGGGCCGAUGGCGUGCGGGCUUGCCAUGCAUGCGUGCGGUCUGGGUUCGAGGGACUGCGGCGUGCGUCCACUUUCACGGCCAGUCAGCGCUGGGGUGGCCCGGAGGGUGUUGAGACGGGACACACGACCCAAAACACGACCGACCUCGCUCCAUCUGGAACGGCGACGGAGAGGGCUGACCCCCGGACGACGCAGACGCACGGCUAGUGCCAGUGCCGCCUGCCACCCACAGCCCGGCGAGCCUCAUGUUCGUGCCCGACACACCAACACAGAAACGUCGACCGCGGACUGUUCGCCCACUCGUCCGACCCGCGUCGGAUCCGCAGGCCCGCCGAGCACGUAUGGGGCCCUGAGGCUUGAGGAGCCCCCUCGGCCAACCGUUUCGUGUCGCGACCCAUCUCGCCGCAAACUUCGAUCGCGCGCCCCACCGACACGCAACACGAGGCGUGCCGGACUAGCACGGGCGUCCCACGUACGCCCCCGUGCAGAUCGCCUGCUAGAGGUCCGCACAUUUCGUGCGCCGAGCGGCUUGUACUGGAGCGUUCGACAUACGCUCCGAAGAGAUCGAAAGGACGGACGCGGCGGUGGGCCUCCCCCGGACACGAUGCCCGCUGGCAGGACGCAGCGAAGACUCUGGGCCACGGCUUCUCAUAAGACGAGCGGGGGCUCGGCAAGGCGGCGGCCAACAGAGGCGCAGGGAGGCACGGUCUCGAUUCGUGUGUGUGUGACGCGGCACGACGGGCCCGGCCGCCCUUCCUUCCCUUCCCUUCUCCUUCCCCGUAGCCAACAGUGGGCCCCGCGCGCAGCCCACGCACACGCACUCCGCCACGGCGAGGGCUAUUUUCGACGCGCGAGAGGCGGGCGCGCCGAGAAUAGCGCAGGCCGCGGAAGGCGGGUGCGGGAGAAGGCGCGACGCGAGGGAACAGAACAGAACAGACGCGGGGCUUCGCGCGGCCCCGUGCCUGUCCCGCCCCCCACUGCAUCCGCGGCGCAGUGGCCGCUGGAGAUCUGGGGAAGUCUGGAGGAGCGAAGCGCGAAGGCGGGCCCAGGCGUGCUGAAGCUGGGUGGACCCUGGGGCCUGAGGCCUGAUGUACGCCUGAGGCCUCAGGUCCGAGGGACGGCGGAAACGGAUCCUGGAGGACUGACCAAGGUCGGGAAGGAAGGCGCAGUGAGAAGACCCGCCCGUGGACGGACACGGACGCCUCCCGGCGAAGCGGGUGCCCCAGGCUUGCUCCCAAUGCCGUGGCGCGGAACGAGCUCAACCAAAGUUCGCGCCCCGGGCGAUGGCGUCCGGCGCGGCUCGUUCGAACUUCGUGCGCGUUGUCCAGGGGAAAAGGUCUCGGGGCCAGUCUCUGUCAGCCCGGGCCGUGGCCGAGUGUCGACGCUCGAACGUGAGAGGCUGGCGGGCGAGCGCUGCGUAGCGACUCCACGAAGAUGGGCUGCGAGAGCGCUCGUGCUAGCGGGUGGCCGGAGCGCCUGCGAUGCGAUAGCUGAGAGGGGAACCGGAUAUCCUGAAUCCUGA